GUCGAGAUCAGGUCGGCAGACAAGGACGGUUGGCUAACUAUCGGUGCGGGCGACGCAAUUGUUGUAGCCGCAGGCGAUGUUGAUGGUAAUGAAUCAGCACCCCGAGAAAGACCAGAACGAGACAUCCCACGUGCAUUCCGCGAGCGUAGAACAGGGCGAGCUGCAACUGAUUGGCCUUGCACAGAGUUCUAUGGUCCGGUGGGAGUGGCAACACGCUUUGAGCGACGGAUGGGAGGCAUUCUAGAAAAUAAAACUGAUAUAGAGACUUGA